CAGCCAGCGACAGACUUCAUGUGAACCGGCUAACAACAAAAGUGCUGCUUGCCUCCACUUCGAUUAUUUGUUUCCUAACUUUGGAAGUGGCGCAGAAGGAGUUAUGAUUUUAUUGAAAUGUUGAUGAAUUCAUUUUUCAGCGGAUCUUCUUGCACAGACCUUUUUACCUCCUUUGUCAGGGUGAAAAAGACAGGUUCACAUUGGGCAAAGACCUUUCCUCUGCUUCUACUCGCAGGUCUUGCUUCCUGCAAUCAGACCUCCGUGACCUCACCAAUUGUGACAAGCGCUGUGUACUACAUUGUUGACAUUGCUGUUGAUGUGACUGGGCCCAGUAAGAAUGAAUCAGAAAUCACUUCCUGGCUCCAACAGGUGUUCCAAAACCAGCUGGAGAGUUGCCUUUUUCCGAACAUUGGAAACAACCAAACAGCUACACCCACUACAAUGCCGAGUACAUCUGCAGACGGGACAACGACGUUGUCGCAAAACCAAAGCACAAAUGCAGCAACAACAAACGCGACGCAAAGCAACUUCUCAACCAUAUUACAGAUCAACACCACUGCAGCAACAACCGCAUUGCCAAGCAACACCACUACUGCAGCAACAACAGCAUUGCCAGGCAACACCACCACUGCAGUAACAACCACAUUGCCAGGCAACACCACCACUGCGGCAACAACCACAUUGCCAAGCAACACCACUACUGUGGCAACAACCGCAUUGCCAAGCAACACCACUACUGUGGCAACAACCGCAUUGCCAAGCAACACCACUACUGUGGCAACAACCGCAUUGCCAAGCAACACCACUACUGCAGUAACAACCGCAUUGCCAGGCAACACCACUACUGCAGUAACAACCGCCUUACCUGGCAACACCACCAUUGCAGCAACAACCGCCUUUCCAGACAACACCACCAUUGCAGCAACAACCACAUUGCCAGUCAACCAAACCACUGCAAUACAAAACAUGACAACAGGUCUAACCACAAUACGGAACAGCACUACUGCAACUACAAUUCAAAGUACUACAAAUAUAGCUGCAACCACAAUACAAAAUAGGACUAUAGCUUUCAACCCAACACAGGACAACACUCCUACUAAUCCAACCAUCGCACAAAACAACACUAUUACUCCUUCACUUGUAUUACAAAACAACCAAGUUAUCAUAGCUAUACCCUCAUCACUAAUCAUUGACACAGCUGAAGCUGCAACAGAUGGCGCCAGCCGCAGCGUGGCUGAUGAGGCCACGCCGAACACAUCCAUCCCUAGGGGUGAAACGGCAGAAAGAUUAAAUCUCAGUGCACGUUUUGUUCGAGACGUGAUUCAAAGCAGGCAGUCAAGUGACUUAUUGCAGGGAGUUGAAGUCUCCUGUGCCAUAAAGACUCAAAUAAGAACGACCAACUGCUUGGUGACGCUGGCGUUGAAGCAGAGCGUGCUGCCAUGUUGCAUCCUGCAAACACUCUGCACAGCUGGUACAAAUUCAUCUGGCAUCCACGUGGUGGCAAGGAGAGCAAAUCGUUUAACUCUACUGAAUCAUAACUGCAGCAGUGAUCAAUUAGAGGAAAACAUCUGUAUCUAUAAUUCAACUAAUUCAACCUGUGAAGAUUCAGCGUUUGGGGCGCCCCCGUGUGGUUCAAAUAUUAAUAACUGCAGCUGCUUGUCUUACUGCAAUGGGACUGAUGCAUAUUACACUUUCGAAAUAUCAAUAAAAAACCCAGAGAUGAAUGUCUCCCAUCUUUUGUCGCUGAUUUCCCAGUUGAACCAGAGCUGCUCUCCAACAGUAAAUGUGACCUGCUCUUCGUCCACCAUUGCUAAUGAAUACAAGAAUGCCACCCUGGACUGUGGACAAGCUGCAGCAAACCCUCAGAUAUGCAGAGGGAUUUUACACUUGGCUGAAGAAGUUGCUGUCUGUAACGUGUCUGCAGCCAUAACAGCUGUGUUUCAGUCCCAGGAGAACAUUACGUUUGAUGGACGAACAACCAGGGCAGCUUUUUGUGGACCUUCAAAUUCCAGUGAGAAUCUUCUGGACUCCCAGCUGACAUGGAUCAACACUAACCUCCAACAUGCAGACUUUUGCACGGCAGAGGAAGGAUCUUCUCCGUUCUUCUUCACUCAAAAAUGCCAAGCGGGGAAAAACGUAGUGGUGCAGCUGAAGGAACAAUGCGUUCCCAUGGUGUCAACCACCGCCGGUCCGAAUGUGACAAUCGACCAACCAAACACAACUUCAUUCCCAGUGAACACGACCACCCCGUCUAAUGGCACAGCUGCUAAUGACGCCGAGAGUCAAGCCAGUGCUCUCCUUGAGCUGACCAAUGACGUGUCCAGACUCAACGCCAGUCAGGUAGACCAGCUCGUGUCUCAGCUUGAGGCUCUGCUGUCUGGGCCCAACGUCAGCCUGGCUUUGGCCAACACAUCCAUCCACAUCGUCAGCAACCUGCUGGGCGCCACUCCUGAGACGCUGGCACAAUCCUCCGACAGAAUUAUUGGAAUUGUUGAAACGGUGGGCUUCAAGGUGGUCCUGGAAGGUGAAAGCCAGACUCUCCUGGCAUCUGAUUUGGCUCUGUCUGCCCAACCAGUGGUUGGGAGUAACUUUCAGGAAGUCUUCUUCUCCAUCUCAGACCCUAGCGAUGUACAGUGUUGCAUUUGUCUGUUUCAGGUACGAGGAGAUUUUGGCUUAGGAAGGAAUGUGAGGAACGACUCGUCCAUCCCUCAGGGUUCCGUCAUACUUCCCCCAUCUCUGACACAAAAUCUCACCUUCGAGGAGCAGCAGCUGGUCUCCAGAGUCCACUUCAACUUCUACCAGAAAAGCACCGUAUUUCAGGACAGAUCUUUAGGAACACGUCGACUCAUCAGCGGCAUCCUGGGCGCCAGUGUGGCAAACAUUACGCUAACGGGCCUCCAGGACGAUGUUGUGAUUCGCCUGAGGAACACUGAGCCCAUUCCUGCUAAUUAUGUGGCUUCGUGCGUCUUCUGGGACUUUGCAUUAAAUGAAGCAUCCGGUGGUUGGAACACAAACGGCUGUCGUGUCCAAAGCAGCACAGACAAUUUGACAGUUUGUGGCUGCAAUCAUCUCACCAGCUUUGCAAUCCUGCUGGACCUGGCCAGGCAGCCUCUAACCAGUCGAGUCCAGGCCACCAUCCUGACCUUCAUUACAUACAUUGGCUGUGGGAUCUCCGCCAUUUUCCUGUCCUUCACGCUCCUCACAUACUUGGCCUUUGGAAAACUGCGCAAGGACGUCCCUUCCAAAAUCCUGAUCCAGCUGUGUCUGGCUCUCCUGCUGCUCAACCUGGUCUUCCUGGUGGACGCCUGGCUGGCUCUGUACGAGGACACCUUGGGUCUUUGCAUCUCCACUGCUUGGUUCCUUCACUACUUCCUGCUGGUGGCCUUCACCUGGAUGGGCCUGGAGGCGGUGCACAUGUACCUGGCCAUCGUCAAGGUCUUCAACACGCACAUCUCUCGCUACAUGCUCAAGUUCUCUGUGGCGGGCUGGGGCGUCCCCAUGAUCGUGGUCAUCGUGGUCAUCGCCGUGGACAAGGACAAUUACGGCCAGGUGUCCUACGGGAGGUUUUCUGACGGCACAACUGACGACUUCUGCUGGCUGAGAAACGACGUCGCCUUCUACGUGGCGGUGGUGGCCUACUAUUGCGUCAUCUUCCUCUUCAAUUUCACCAUGCUGGUCGUGGUGCUGGUGCAGCUGUGCCGCAUGAAGCGGGACAACCCGCACAACUCUCAGCACCGCACCACAGGGCAGGACGUACGCAGCGUGGUGGGCAUCACCUUCCUGCUCGGCCUCACUUGGGGCUUCGCAUUCUUUGCGUGGGGGCCCGUCAACCUGCCUUUCAUGUACCUCUUUGCCAUAUGUAACUCCUUCCAAGGGUUCUUUAUAUUCGUGUUCCACUGUGCGGCGAAGGACACAGUGAGGAGACAAUGGCGGACUUACCUCUGUUGUGGCAAAUUGAGACUGGCAGAGAACUCGGAAUGGAGUCGCACGGCAACACAGAAGACGGGCAAGAAGAGGUCUGUGACCAGAGUCACGUCCCUGCCGUCCUCCACGCCGUCCAACAGCUCGUCCGCUUUCCUCAGUCACAACCUGGAGCAGACUUCAGGCAUAGGAAGCCCGUUCGACGACGCAGUCAUUACUGCUGACGAACAACCCAGCACUGUCAUCCUUGACAACACAGAGUCCAGGACUUAACAUUGAAGUGUUCUGUUUGUUCCUUCACUGUCUCAUGACUGAUGUUGUGUAACCACACAAUCACUUUGAACUUUCAGCAAGGCUAAAAGAGGAGACUUAUAAAAUCUGUUUUUGCUCAAUUGAGAACAAAGUGGCGAGUGUUUACACUGCAGU